CAUCCGCGCAAGGUCACACUGCUUUGUUGAGUCUUGAUUCGGUUCUGCAUUUUUUCUGUUUGCGGCGACGGCGGCGCGUUUGAAGUAUUGUUUUCAAGUGCAGCAGAUUGUUUAUUUUACGCCCACCCAACUGUGUAAACAAAUCCAGUGCAGGGCAUUAAACCAGUGAGCUCCAAACCCUCAAGCAACCAAGAUGUCGGGCACCAUACUGGAGAACCUGAGUGGCCGCAAGCUGUCCAUAUUGGUGGCCACUUUGCUGCUCUGCCAGGUGCUGUGCUUCCUGCUGGGCGGUCUGUAUGCCCCCCUGCCCGCGGGCCAUGUCACCGUGCUGGGAUCGCUGUGCCGCGAGGAUCACGCCCGCCAGAAUGACACCGGUUUCCUGCUGUACUCACGCGGCGCAGGAGCCUGCAUCCCAGUGACGCGAGAGGAGGUGGAGCAGGAUUCAACAAAGAUGGCCAAUGAGUUGGUGCACGUUUUCCAAAUGCCGCUGCCUCGUGACCUGCGCGACCUGGACUACUCCCGCUGGCAGCAGAAUCUGAUCGGUGUGCUACAAGUGGAGUUCGGCUAUGAUUCGUCGUCGGAGCUAAGGGAGCCGCCCAGGGAACUUCAGUUGACUAUUGACAUGCGUCUGGCGUACCGAAAUAAGGGGGAUCCCGACAACGGCUGGAAGUUGUACGCCCACGGCGUGGAGCACCGCUACCUGGAUUGUGUGACUUCUCAUGUCGGUCCCACAGAAACGCUGUACUCAUGCGACAUGAUCCCGCUGUUCGAACUGGGCGCAUUGCACCACAGCUUCUAUCUGCUGAACUUGCGUUUCCCGCUGGACACACCGAGCCAGAUGAACCUGCAGUUCGGCCACAUGCACGAUCUCACGUUGACAGCUAUUCAUCAGAACGGAGGAUUCACCCAGAUUUGGCUGUUGCUGAAGACAAUGCUGUUUCCCUUUGUUGUGGGCAUCAUGAUAUGGUUCUGGAGGCGGGUGCAUCUGCUGCAGCGAUCCCCCGCCCUGCUGGAGUAUAUGCUCAUAUAUUUGGGAGCCGCUCUGACCUUCCUCAACCUACCGCUGGAGUACUUGUCGCUGGUCUACGAGAUGCCCUACAUGCUGCUGCUAAGUGACAUUCGCCAAGGCAUCUUUUAUGCCAUGCUGCUCACGUUCUGGCUGGUCUUCGCCGGUGAGCACAUGCUCAUUCAGGAUGCUCCGAACAAGUCGACCAUUCGCUCGCGUUACUGGAAACAUCUCUCGGCCGUCGUGGUGGGCUGCAUCUCGCUGUUCGUCUUCGACAUCUGCGAAAGGGGCGUGCAGCUGCGCAAUCCGUUUUACUCGAUCUGGACAACGCCGCUGGGCGCUAAGGUGGCCAUGACCUUCAUUGUUCUGGCCGGAGUUUCGGCAGCCAUAUAUUUCCUCUUUCUGUGCUACAUGAUAUGGAAGGUGUUUAGGAAUAUUGGCGACAAGCGCACCUCGCUGCCUUCGAUGUCCCAGGCGCGUCGACUCCAUUAUGAAGGUCUCAUCUACCGCUUCAAGUUUUUGAUGCUGGCCACCCUUGUAUGUGCAGCUCUGACCGUCGCCGGCUUCAUUAUGGGCCAGAUGGCCGAGGGCCAGUGGGACUGGAACGACAAUGUGGCAAUUCAGCCAACUUCCGCCUUCCUGACCGGCGUCUACGGCAUGUGGAACAUCUAUAUCUUUGCCCUGCUCAUCCUGUACGCGCCCAGUCACAAGCAAUGGCCCACCAUGCACCACAGUGACGAGACCACGCAGUCGAAUGAGAAUAUAGUGGCCUCAGCUGCCAGCGAGGAGAUCGAGUUCAGUCACCUGCCAUCGGACUCCAAUCCCAGCGAGAUCUCCUCCCUCACCUCGUUCACACGCAAGGUAGCCUUCGAUUAGGCGGCAGGACUCGAAGAGUAUUGUUUUCUAAAGGGUUGUGUGCCAAACUGAGAUCACAAUUUGGCCUGCAGCCGCAACGCUUAAAGUGUGUGCUCAUUUAAUUACCAUAGUCAGUAGCAAUUCUUGCCUAGUUUUGCAUUCUGUGCAUUCGACAACGCGAUCAGCAUUAUUACUUAUCAUUAACUUAUAGAUUGUCUAGUUUCUCUCAGCAUGCUCAAAGUGUACGAUUUUAUCAAAUGUAUUUUUAUGUAUGCGCCUCGGCAGUAUUAUCUAUUGAUGUCCAAUUGUGCUAGCUUGUAAGUUUUAACAUAUAUAUCAAAUAACAUUUUAUACGUGUAUUUACGUUCAAGGGUGGUCCCACUUUAUUGCUGAACAUCUUGCCUCGGAAACUAUAUGUUUAAUAUUGAAUGAUUUCGAAUGGUAUUUUAAAAUGAUAUUAUUCAUAUAGUUUCAAGUGCCAAAUUGUACACAUUAAAAAAAAAACUCAUACAAUUUAUAAACUAUUUUACACUUACCACCCUAAAAUAUUUAUCCAGAGAACUCUGCCCAGAUUUUAAAACUAAAACGUAGAGCAAUUUUGUAUUCAAGUAGCAAUGCAUCGAAUAAAAAGCAA